ACGAACGUGCGUCUUUCAACGCACGGCUGCAGACGUCACGUGCGUGGCUCCGCCAGGCAGUAUGGUUUUGAAAAACUGGAGACGGCGCCGGUAUCAGCCGUCGCAGCGUAUAGGACGGAUGUGGCGUCAAACCUCCUCCUCCGCUUCCCCGCUUUGCCAUUUUGCUGUUUUCUCGCGAGCACAGGAAGGGACGUGUGCUGCAGGAAGCGACCUCCGGCUGAAACAUCGAGUGAAGAAAGGGAGCCAUGGAGGCAGGUGCUUCUGUUGCCAUGCUGCCAGCCAUGGACAUGCGGCAAUGCGUACUGCCCAGCAGCGACGAAGAGGAUCUCGAGGCGGAGGUGAAGCCAGUCAUCGUCGGAGUCACACAGCGCCAGCCGCCGAACAGCCGCCGACUACUUAGGCCCUGCAGCAUGGAAGGCAGCGACAUCGAGGCCGCACUCAGCCGCCGUUUACACGACGCAGUGCGGGCGGACGAUGCGAGCGGCGUAGCAGCAGCGCUGUCUUCGGGCAUUCUGACGGCCGACGACCCAAGCAAAGAAGGUGGCGGCUGUACCGCCAUCCUGGAGGCCACGCGCCUAGACCGAGCCGCCGUGGCCUCUGUGCUGUUCGAAUUCGGCUGCGACCCAUGCCUGGGUGACAACCGCGGCUGGACAGCGCUGCACGAGGUGUUCCGAAGCCCGGCGGUGGCCGCAGUCCUCUUCAAGCACGUGCCACCAGCGUCAUGGAAGCGCGUAGCAGACUCCGUCUAUGGCCUAACCCCGCUUCACGCCUGCGUCAAGGCGGCGGUGUCCUCGAGCGUACCACCGACUGCGCCGCAGCUGGAGGUCAUCCGUGAGGUCGCCUCGCGGUGCAAGGGGGACGCCGUAAGCCUAGACGGCGACACGUGCUUGCAUUUGGCUGCUUCCGGUCGCCACGACCGGCCCGAAGUGGUCCGGCUGCUGCUCGAGGCAGCGCAUAUCCGAAACGUUCAGAACGCGCGCGGGGAGACGGCCUUGCACUUAGCUAUUAUCAAAGGCCACUACGAAACUGCUUCACUGCUCAUCCAGACCAUCGCGGAACAAGAUGGUGCGACGGCAGAGCAACACGGAGUGACGGAUGAUUCCCCCACAGGCACGCCUGCAGAAUCGCCUGAGCUUGGUGAGAGCGCCAGCUCACCGGAAAUCAAGAGGGACACGCAAACGCAGACGGCGGACUUGCUCGACCCGUCCCUGUGCGACCGCUUCGGGCAAACGGUGCUGCACUACUGCGCGUCUCGCAACGCGGCGCACCUGCUUGACUUGUUGCUGCGGAACUACGGCGUCCGCGAUGUUCAAGACCUCCGAGGUGACACGGCCCUGCACGUGGCUGCCCGCCGCGGUCACGACAAGUGCGUAGCGUUGUUGCUGGGCUCGGGUGCCGACGCGAGCCUGCGCAACGACGAAGGCAUGACGCCCUUGGACAUGGCUGUGGCAGCGGGGUUCGCGGACGCGGCCCGGCUUCUGUACGAGAGUGCCACGGAGCCUUUACUUCGAAACGCGGACGCACUCCGCCGGCACGACUCCGUACGACGCUGUACGGUCAUUGGCAAAAUGUUCCUGAGCGUCAGUUGAGCUGACUCCCAGCAGUACAACCGCAACUACUUGCUUUGCAGUGUAUCACAGAGAUUCCUAGAGGCGCUAGAAAAAAACAUUAAGCUGUACUGAACUUGCUCAUUGUCAAGUUGCGCAUAACAACAACUGUUAGAGCUUGUUUAUCGUAUGAACCGUUCACUGCUAAUGCAGCACGCUAGUCUUCGGAGGCCUUGAUCUCUCUCGCGUCGACUGCUUUCAAGCAAACAGUUAGUGACAUUUACAAUCGGUGUGUUUCAUCCCUAUAUUGUGUGAUGUGACGAUGUGACUGAUUUGAAAAAUAGCGUGUGCAUCAUGCCAGCUUUAUUUAAAUAAAAUAGUUUUUAA